UCUGUGAAACGGCCUAUCACACACAUUCUAGGGUCCUGAGAAGGAAACGUGAAAUCCCUGGAAAAACCGCCAGUGUGCAAGCCCCUGUUAACUCAUGUGGAUAAUUUGGGAAAAUCCUCAAGCUGAAGCUACUUGCUGCUUUGGGGGUCUGGAAAACUCCACAAAAGUCCAUCAACCCAUCCAUGUUGCAGGAUGAGAGGAGAGAAGCUGAUGCCUUGUGUACUUAUCACUCUACUGGGGCUGACCCUGAUGCAGUCAGCUCACGGACAGCACAUGUCAGACGAACCCUGCUCUGUCCAGAUUCUCGUCCCAGGACUCAAAGGAGAGCCAGGAGAAAAGGGAGAGAAAGGGGCACCUGGGCGACCAGGAAGAGUGGGUCCACCAGGGGAGAUAGGACAUCUUGGAGUUAAAGGACAGAAGGGUAUAAUGGGACAUUAUGGGAAGAUUGGCCCCAGUGGAGUCAAAGGUGUAAAGGGAGAUAUGGGUGAUCCUGGAUUAAGGGGCCCGAAUGGUGAUCCAGGUGUUCCAUGUGAAUGCACACCUCUGAGGAAAAUUAUUGGUGAGAUGGACAUCCUAGUGGUACAGUUAUCCAGUGAGCUGAAGUUCAUAAAAAAUGCUGUCACCGGCAUCAAAGAGACCAACAGCAAGGUCUAUCUGCUGGUCAGGGAGGAGAAACGCUACACCGACGCAGAGGCCUACUGUCAGGGAAGGGGUGGACACCUAGCCAUGCCCAAAGAUGAGGGGGCCAAUACGGCCAUCGCUGGGUACAUCACAGAGGCGGGCCUGAGCCGGGUGUACAUCGGCAUCAAUGACAUAGACCGCGAGGGCCAUUUCACUUACGUGGAUAGCUCCCCAAUGAGCACCUUCAACAAGUGGAGGGAAGGGGAACCCAACAAUGCCUACGAGGACGAGGACUGUGCUGAGAUGGUGGCUGUGGGGGACUGGACCGAUGUGGCCUGCCACCCCACCAUGUACUUUGUGUGUGAGUUUGAGAAGGACAAUGUCUGAGGGGCAUUUGUUUGAACGUGGUAGUGAAUUUAGAGGUAAGGGGCAAAGGGCCUCAUUUAAAGCUGCAUGACAGAGAGAGACUUCAGUUAUAGAGAAGCCUUUUAUAGAGUUCUACAGAUGUUGUUCAGUAUGUCAAAUUGUUUUGAUACAGCUGCAUUUAAAUGUAAUCACCCACCAGUGCUAAAUAUCAUCGUACAGUAUAAAAGAUUGUGUACUGACAUGCAACAACAGUUGUGUAAAGACAAGGUGUUUCUUCCCAUUUUUUCCAGUCUUCUUCCUUUUUGACUUGAAUGGAUGCUGUUUUCAUAAACCAUUGCAUUGAAUGGAUACAGCAAUUUCUCCCUUGAUCUCUUAAUCUACUUGGUAUCUACUUUUUGAAGAUGAAACAUACAUAUUCUAUUUUUUUGUCUUUCUUGUCAUGUUUAUGUGAACUGACUACCGACAUAUUUUACAUACAUGGACUAUUGGAAAAAGCAACAAUCAUAGCAAAAUAUCAACUUAAUUAUUUUCAAAACAUCAUUAGACAUGUAAAUAAUGUUAUUUUAAAUAAAAAAAUAUCCAAAACAGGCUGUUAUUGUAGACAAUCUACAGUUAAUUUGCAUAUUCUGUAAACAAAAAUAUAUAUAUGUUUCCCUUAUAAUGUGCAGCUUUUUUCCAAAGUAGGCCUACAAUCCACAUUAGUACUAAAAAGCUGGUUUACCAUCAUUUGUUGUAGUAUCAUUCAGUUUUUAGAAUUUUGAAGUAAACAUACAUUUUGUCAUAUUUAUAUGGUAAAAAUGACUGCCAUUUAAAGGGUCAGUACACCAAAAUUUGAAAUAUAUUUAUUUUUUGGGACAAAAAGUUAUUCAUCCAUUGAUCCUGACAGACAGUGACCAAAAGUAUGUCUCAGGCUUUUUUAUUUACUAACCCCACAGCCAGUAUUAGCAUCGCUGCUAGUGAAACAAUGGGAGUGGUAGGGCCUAUGGCAGGAUGCUUCAGAAAGCAUACCCAGAUCGUCAAAGUAACUUCAAACCAAAUGUUAUAACAACCAAAGUACCAUAACAAGUUGUACAUAUAGCAUAUUGGACGGUAUUAUAGGAAUUCUGGUAUUUUUUAUAACAUUUUCCAUAUAAUAUUAUAUAUUUUUUUAGAUUACACACCAAUACAGCACAGUGUGUACAUUCAGAGGGUAGCUGGUUUCUGUAUUACAGUUCUACCAAGUAUUCAUAUAAUUGACAGACUUUUAUAAGCUGUUUUGACAGCAACUAAAGUAAUUUAGAUUUUGUACAUGGUCAUACCUAGUUAUAUAACCAGUUAGAACCAUGGGCGAGUGCAUAAGGUGCUCCAUCGCUGCAGGUAAUCUGUCUAUCAGGUCAAGAUCACUCCAACAGGUCCCCCUCCACUCUCUGGGGGUAUGGAUACCUUGUUAUUAUGUCUUCAGAGAAACCUAGAUUCAAAUAAAGGUUCUAUCUAUCCAAUUUCUAUAGGCAGAAUAAGGUGUUUUUGGCUGGGGUCGAAAUUACCCGGACAUACUCAUACAGAAACACUAAACAAUUAUUUAGAUUUAUUAAGAACAAGUUGUUUGACAAAGUCAUGAAAAAUUGAAAGAAUUUAAUAAACCACCUUCUGGGUACAAAUUAACCUUAAAAAUGUAUUACUUUAGUUUAACAGCCACUUCUCCUUUGUUAAAGUUAAAGUAAUUUGUGUAAAUCAUUUGAAGUAAUAUAUUUUGUAUUUUUUUCCCCCAUGGCUUAAAUUUACUGUAUCAUUAAGAAAUAUAUUAUUUCCAGUCAUUGUAUUCACCAUAUUGACUUUUUUUAUAUUGCCUUACCAUGCACACUCAUCAAGGUAGUGAGUUACUGAAGUGAUUCCAAUUUGUAUUACCAUUUACCUAGGCAUAAUCCAUGUUGUAUGUUAGUAUGUUGGUCUUUAAAUUUUUAAUGACAUGCAUUUCUUGUAAUGCACACUUACAGGAAUACUAAGAUAAACCAUGUAAGCUAAACUAUGUGCAAUGUGUAGGUUGGAAUAGUUUGGGAUGGGGUUGAAAGUGCAUGAGAGGUCAUCUGACAGAUAACAAUAGCUGAGUGAAUGAUGGUUAAGAGGUUAUAUGGCAGGAAUUGGUUAGAAAAAAUAAUGUGUUCAGGUAUAUUCAGAAUCAAACAUGGAGGACAUUCCAUAAUAUAUGUUUAGCUAAUAGGCUUUAUGAACUGGUACUAAAUCUCUAUUGUAAAAUAUAGAACCUUUGGCAGCUGCUGCAAUGUCUUCAUUGAUGCAGGGUGAAAUAUGUGGGUUGGUGUUGCUCAUUUGCCUGGAUUGUUCAAAAUAAAAAACUGAUACUAAUAGUC